AUGGAGUCUAGUUCUUCACCACAUCGCUAUGUUAAAAUCAAAAGGAAGACAUGCAAAGAGGUCUUAGAAGAAAAGUGCAGGCUGAGCAUGAAUCAUGCCAUUAAGCUCCUAAGUGUUUCUACAAUUCACAGAGACUGUCAAUGUGUCCUUAGCAUUUGGUAUCCCAAGCAUCCUUCAUGUUCCCAUGCCACUUUCUCUGUGCUCAGAAGUGUCCUCACGUGCUUAUUCACCUUUCCUAAGGAGCCCUUGACAACUCCCCAAGUUGCACUGAUUUCCCAGUUAUGUAAAAUCAGUAAGCUCACAGCAGGGGAAAGAAAAGAGUCCACCCCAAGAAGUUCUCCAAAUUAUUCUCAAUUGCCUUUGAAGACCUAG